AUGCUCUGGGGCAAAUUGCUACAACUGGCCAUUCUAUGCCAGCCUACUACCGCUGUGAACUCCUCUAAUAUCCCUAGUGCUAUACAGAGGGAUUUUGCUGCUUGGGAUUGUACCAGGAAUAUUACAUCUAUUUCUCCUGAAACAAAGACUGAUGGAGCCUCUAAUACAGCGAGGGUCACACAGAAUUUUGCAACUUCUGCAGCUACUCAUAGUUCUGCUGAGGUGUCUUUUGAUAUCCCCAGUUCAAUGACAAGCUCUGCAGCUGCCCCUUCAAAGACUUCCACUGCUGCUAUGGUUGCAGCUGAAAGUCCUACUUUUGCAUCACCACCCAUGGAUGCACCAUCAACCCCUUUAGCUAGGACAAUAGAGAACCGCUCUGGCUCAGCAAGAGUUCCAAUCCCAGCAACUAAUUCACAGAGAGUUGCAUCAGCAGCUUUAUCUUCUUCUGGACGUAAAGCGGCUGCUUUGGCUGCUCUUCGGAAGAUUCAUUUGCUCCAGACCAACUCAAAUAUGACUCGUCAAUCUCUGAGUGACUGGAAAAAGUCUCUGCCUGCCUUGGCUGCCUUAGCAAAGGCAGCUCCAGGUUACAGAGCAUCACAAGUUCCAAGUUCAAUGCCUCAUAUAAAGUUUCAAGGUUUUGAUCUUCCUCCAACAGUUGGAUUCAAGUGUCUUUUGUGCAAGAGAGACUUAUCAUUUGCACCUGAAGGCCCUAUUUCACAACCGCCUAUUCCACCAACUGUAGCUGCUCUACCUUGCGGCCACACCUUUCAUGACCAUUGUUUGCAGCUUAUUACUCCAGAAGAUCAGUCAAAAAAUCCACCUUGCAUUCCUUGUGCCAUGGGUGAGACAUGA